AAUGCCUCCUCCUCCCUUCUAUUUCAUCCUCAUUUCUAUUAGGGCUUUCUUUCUUUCUCCCGUUACCACUACCACCAUCACGACGACAUCAAACCCCCCUCCUUUAGGACCAGAAAAACUUAACAAAAAAACCCUAAAUUCGCUGUACAACUCAUUUACCUCCAUUAUUCGACUCUUCGUCUAAUCUCUUUCCCUCUCUCUCUCUAGGGUUUAUGAGUAUUUGACAAAUGGAGAGUACAGAAUGCGUAAGAGUUGCUGUCAAUGUUAGACCUUUGAUCAAUACAGAGGUUUUAUUAGGUUGUACGGAUUGUGUUUCUUUUAUUCCUGGAGAACCGCAGGUUCAAAUUGGAACACAUUCUUUUACAUUUGAUUAUGUUUAUGGAAAUAAGGCUUCCACCUCGAGUUCAAUUUAUGGUGAUUGUGUGGCUCCACUUGUUGAUGCCCUCUUUCAUGGCUAUAAUGCAACAGUUUUGGCCUAUGGACAAACUGGAUCUGGGAAGACGUAUACCAUGGGAACCAAUUACACCGGAGAUGGAAGUACCGGUGGUAUUAUCCCACAGGUGAUGAAUUCCAUUUUUUCUAAGAUUGAAGAGAAGAAAGAAGCCACAGAAUUUCUAAUAAGAGUUUCUUUUAUCGAGAUAUUUAAAGAAGAAGUUUUCGAUUUGUUAGACCCAAAUUCAUCAAUUUCUUCUAAAGGUGAAGCGACUGUUGCAAAGUUAGCUGCACCUGCAAGAAAUCCCAUACAAAUUCGAGAAACAGCAAAUGGAGGGAUCACUCUUGCUGGUGUUACAGAGCCAGAAGUCCGAACGAAACAGGAGAUGGCAUCAUUUUUAUCCCGAGGUUCAUUAGCGCGUGCUACUGGAAGUACAAAUAUGAACAGUCAAUCUAGCCGGUCACAUGCCAUCUUUACAAUCUCAAUGGAACAAAGGAGAAGCACGUGUAUCCCUGGUGACGAGGUUGGUGAUGAUAUCUUGAGUGCGAAGCUACAUUUGGUGGACCUUGCAGGUUCUGAACGUGCGAAAAGAACUGGAGCAGAUGGGUCGCGCCUGAAAGAGGGCAUUCACAUUAAUAGAGGACUACUGGCUCUUGGAAAUGUGAUUAGUGCUCUGGGAGAUGAUAAGAAGAGGAAGGAAGGAGGCCAUGUUCCUUACCGUGACAGCAAGUUAACACGGUUAUUGCAGGACUCUCUUGGUGGAAAUAGCAAGACAGUGAUGAUUGCUUGUGUGAGUCCGGCUGAUUCAAAUGCCGAAGAAACACUGAACACUUUGAAAUAUGCGAAUCGUGCUCGAAACAUUCAGAACAAGGCAAUUAUAAACCGUGACCCAAUGACAGCUCAGAUGCAAAUGAUGCGAAGCCAACUUGAGCAGUUGCAGGCUGAGUUGUUUUUUUUUCGUGGUGAAGGCGGUACUACUUACGAUGAGCUUCAGAUUCUUAGGCAGAAAAUUUCAGUUCUCGAAGCAAGUAAUGCUGAAUUACAUCGCGAGCUUCAUGAGCGUCAAGUAGCAUGGAAACACUUGGAACAACGUGCUGUGGAUGCUCAGGUUGAAAAAGAUAAAUUGAUUAUUCAAAUUGAAUCAUCAAAAAAGGGAAAGUCAUGGGCUGAGAUUGAUGGUAGCUCUGAUGUCAAAAAGGAUAAUGAUUUAUUGAGUACUUACGUAUCAAAAAAUUUAUCCCUGGAAGCGGAGUUGAUGAGGUUGCAGAGUUUAAAUGAUUCUCGUGGUGAUUUAGACGUUUGCCUUGAUUUGGAGGAUGAUGCAAGUCGUUCAAGGAAUCUUUUUCUUCCAAAAGUCCGUGUCUUUCCAUCCGAUAGUGAUGAUAAAGAAGUUGCUUCUGUUGAAGCUGAACAAGUGGAGAAAGAGAUGGAACAUUCUUCUCUGCAAGACCAAUUGGACAAGGAACUCCAGGAACUGGACAAGCGACUGGAGGAGAAGGAGGCUGAAAUGAAACAAUUUGGAGGAGCUCAUACAUCAGUGCUCAGACAACAUUAUGAAAAAAAAAUUCAGGACUUAGAGCAUGAGAAGAAAUCUUUAGAGAAGGAGAUCGAGGAUAUAAGAACCAAACAUGCAAAUAUAUCUGAAUCAAAAAUGAAAGAAGAAUAUCAUCAGAAACUGAGUCUUCUUGAGUCACAGGUGGCCGUGUUAAAGAAGAAGCAAGAUGCACAAUAUCAACUGUUGAAGCAAAAACAGAAAAGUGAUGAAGCAGCCAAACGACUGCAGGAUGAAAUUCAUAGAAUCAAGACACAAAAGGUCCAACUACAACAAAAAAUAAAACAAGAAUCUGAGCAGUUUAGGUUAUGGAAAGCUUCCCGGGAGAAGGAGGUAUUGCAGCUCAAGAAGGAAGGAAGGAGGAAUGAGUAUGAGAUGCACAAGUUAUUGGCUCUGAACCAGCGUCAAAAGAUGGUGCUGCAAAGAAAAACAGAAGAAGCUACGAUGGCUACCAAACGACUAAAGGAGCUACUGGAAGCUAGGAAGAAUUCUUCACGUCCUGGAAAUGGAAAUGGUUCUGUUAAGGCAUUAAUGAAUGCACUUGAACAUGAACUUGAAGUUAUGGUACGGGUGCACGAAGUCCGUUCAGAAUAUGAGAGACAAAAGGAAGCGAGGGUUGCCAUGGCAAAUGAGCUUGCAAAGCUAAAAGAAGAAUCUGAAAUUCUAAGGCAGAAAAAGAUUAGUGACAGCCCCCAGAUAAUGUCUCCUGGUGCAAGAAACUCUAGGAUAUUUGCACUUGAAAAUAUGUUAGCUACCACAUCUGGCAGCCUUGUAGGUAUGGCAUCCCAAUUAUCAGAAGCAGAGGAGCGUGAACGUGUUUACGCUGGCAAGGGUCGCUGGGCUCAAGUUAGAACCAUUGCUGAUGCAAAAGAAGUGAUGACUCAUCUUUUCAGUUUAGCAUCCUCUUCAAGGUGUGAUUUAAGAGACAAGGAAGAUGAAUGUAAAGAGAAGGAUUCCUUGUCAAAGGAUCUGAAGGAAAAGGUUGUGAAACUCAAUAAUUUGGUUCGCCAAUUGGAAACGAAAAACGAAGAGCUUAUUCAACGUGAGAAAUCGCAGAGACUAGCUAAUCCAAGAGGCUCCACAGCUACAGACAUGGAUAUUGGUUUAGGACACAUAUACGACCUUCGUAAGGGUCCUAGGAGUUCCAAUAUUUUCAACCAAGGUGGAUACAGCAACACUGGGCUCUUUGAUGAUAUGGACACUUCUGAUUCCAAAUCAGAUUGUGAUUCUGAGACUCUUGAUGUCGAAUGGGGGCAGUCAGGGAAGCUUCCGAAAAAGAAAAAGGUAUCAAAAAAGGGAUCUUCUCUUGGAGUGGUGUCAAAUCCCGUUGAUCUCACAACUUCAGUAGGCCUGUUCCCGAAUUCCACAGUUGAGGAUAGCGAGGUGCGAAGUAUCUGCUGCUCUUGUAGUAAGAGCAGCAGAUGUAAAACUAACAAAUGCCAGUGCCGAGAUGCUGGAGGUGCAUGUGGGGCUUCAUGUGGAUGUGUGCCCUCUAAGUGUGAAAACAGAGAGUCUAACAAAAUGAGGGUGGAUCUGCACGAUUCAGCUCAUUCAGAUGAGAUUGAAGAGGGUGAACAAAAUAGAUCUCUUGCCGUUCAUGGUGCAAUGCUAUUACAAAGUGCAUUAGCUGACAAACCUCCUAUUGAUGCAAAGAAUGUCAAACGCGAGAAUGGGAGGAAGCCGUUAUCUGACAUUGGGAAUACUGUGGGAAAAACAAAUGCUUCAAAGCAAAUGCAGAGAAAGAAAUGGCAAAAGAAAAUUGUUCAGCUUGUUCCCGUGACACCAUCUUCUGCUCAGCAGGAUAGCAUUGAAGACACUGCGAAGCCAGAGAACACGGUUGAGCAAGAAAUUCCUUCAAAACUACCACGUGCAAUGCGGUCUACCACCGCGAACACUGAUCCAUUUAAAGAGAAGAAUUCUGAACAGGCCGAAAAAUCGUUUCAGAAUAGGGAGGUUGGUUUAUCUACUCCUAGAAAUACUGCUUGGCAAACUAGGGAUUCAAAAGAGAAAGAGAAUCAUGGCAUCUAGGGUUGAUCAUAAGUCACUUUGUCGAGGUUUCUGAGGAUGAGCUUAACUGAUCAACUAGAUGAAAAUAUGUUUCUGUUUUGUAAGCAUUUUAAAGAUGCAGCCUUGUUGUCAGUUUCUUCUUUUUCUCGCUGGAGCGAGAUAAGUAAACAACACUAUCAGAUCCUUCUGUAAUUUAAUGUUCGAGGACAUUAUUGAUGUCCUCAAAAAAGUUAGUUGCUUGAUUGUACACACUUGUACUUACUGAAUAUCGAGUCUUAGGAUGUCAUGCUUUGUUUA